AUGGCACUUGUAGCGGACCAGCCCGGGACAGUUUCUGUCGAGGCCUCUGCAGAUGAGGUCCAAGCCGGCGCGGUACUGCCAAGCGUGGACGAGCAGGGCAAGGUCGAGGGAGGCGAUCAGAAGCAGCCGUCGGAUGUCUCGAUGGCACUUGUAGCGGACCAGCCCGGGACAGUUUCUGUCGAGGCCUCUGCAGAUGAGGUCCAAGCCGGCGCGGUACUGCCAAGCGUGGACGAGCAGGGCAAGGUCGAGGGAGGCGAGCAGAAGCAGCCGUCAGAUGUCUCGAUGGCACUUGUAGCGGACCAGCCCGUUUCAAGCUUAGGUGAUGCUGGAUUGGAUUUGUACUGUUCGGUAUCGAAUGAUUUUCUAUCAACAUCUUGUAGUGAGGAAGGUUGA